AUGGGAACUAUGAACCACUAUGAAACCGAUCUCAUCGAGGUCAGAGAAUCAGCAGGCAAAGGCCUUGGUGUGUUUGCCAAAGUCAACAUCCCACGAGGCACCCGUGUUCUCUCGGAGCUACCUCUGCUUGACCUGGGACACGACAAUUCCAAAAAUCUAAGACCGCAUGAUAUUCUGAACGCGUUCGAACUCCUUCCACGUGAAAGACAGAGCUUCUACUUAAGCCUCCACAGCUGUUCGACCGACUCAUUCGCGCGUGUUGUCGAGCACGAGAUGAAGAAAGAUUGGAUCGAUAUCCCAGAGGUACAACGCACAAUAUUUUCCAUCUAUGCAGCAAACGCCUUCGGCACUGUGUUCCUUCGUGGCUCGCGUUUCAACCACUCCUGUCUUCCCAAUACCCAUUUUUCAUUCAAUAGAUCCAUUGAACAAGAAACCUUGGAUUGCGUACGCGAUAUCACGGCUGGCGAGGAAUUAACAAUCAUGUAUCCGGAUGUCACAAAUCGCAGUCGCAGCCAGCGCCAGAAAGAAUUGGAUAAAUGGGGAUUCACAUGCACCUGUCCCGCAUGCGAGGAUACACCAGAAGGCAAGAAGAAAGAGCUUAAGCGGAUUGAGCUGCAGAAACUGGAUCGAGAACUCGGUGUUCAGGUCCUCAUUGGAACGGACAUGUCUUUCAGACAGGCUUUGCGAAUCGCACAGGAAAUGGCUGCCCAACAGGAGUCGGAGGGCUUGGCAAUUAGGGCCCUAGCUAUCUCUUACUACAAUGCUGCCAAGUUCUGUUUGGAGUUGAAAGACACGAAGAUGGCACUGCUUUGGGCAGAGAAACAGUUGGAAGUUGAUCUUUGGUGCGUUGGAGACGAUCACCCAGACACUCAGAAUGAACUCAAGGUUGUGAAUUGGUUGCGAAAUGCCGCCAUUGACUCGGAGUAUGAUGAGUGCGUGGCUAAAUGGUAUCACCUGGCCGACAUGUCCAAAGAACCGUGCGAGGUUAUAAACACUAGGUGA